AAUUGUCUUAUGAUUUGAAAGAGAAAAAAAUCAGGAUAUUGACGAGGACAAUAUUUCAGCAUAUUCGUAUAAGACUUCACUCUAUGCAUCAACAAGAAUAACAUCAAGCUCGUUUAUUUCCUCUGUAACAACUGUUGGAACAACCGAUCUUACUACAAGGAAUGUUGAGAAAAACAGAACAAAUGGUCAAGAUAGAGCUAGAGCUGUUCAAGAAAUAUGCGAAACAUUAAAUUCAUCAGAUGCUUUUGGGAUACAACUUAAUGGCAAGCUACUUCAGGACCAAUCACUUUAUUUCUGUGAUGUUCCGAAAUGUGGGUCUGCAUUCAUGGAACUUUUUCUGUCAAGCGUGUUUCAAUGCAAUGGAACAUGUCAAGAAACUUCCAUAACUCCUGAUGAACGACGGACUAAUGACGAGUCAUUAAAACAGACGCCCGCUGCAUAUUCGUUUAUGUUUGUCCGCGAACCAUAUGCACGAUUGUUUUCAGCAUAUGAAAAUAAACUUUUCUUACCAAACAAACACUGGAUAAUAUUGGGUAUAGAUAUAAUAAAAACAGUAAGACCUCGCGCGUCCCUUGUUAGCAGGACGUUAGGACAUGAUGUCACGUUUCUUGAAUUAGUGAAAUAUGUAAUUUAUAACUACGAACACGGAAUAACUUUAAAUUCACAUCUCCAACCUAUGCACAUGUAUUGUAACACAUGUAACUUUCAGUAUUCCUUCAUUGGCAAGUUAGAAACAAUGUCCAGUGAUCUUGUCGAUUUAAUUGAUUACUGGAAACACAACAGUAUUGUUCCUAAAAACGUGUCAUCCGCCGCAGAAAUAGAGGCACACAUGCUGUAUAAGCGAUCCUUUGGGCCAUACAAGCACAUGUUUAUGACUUUAAAGAAAUAUGGCGAGAUUUUAUCAAGAUACAAACUUUUUCAAAGAACCUGGUCAAGCUAUCAUAUUCGAGGGCUUAUACUGAAGAAAUUUAGAAUGCCUUUUGGCGAAAGCGAAGUAAACAAUGUCGGCUAUGUAAUGUUUGGUAAUGAAAUUAAAAGUGCAAUUGAUAAAAGCUUGCCGUUUAAAGAAGAUCUGAAAGCACAACGAGAGGAAGCACUUGUGCAAGCUUAUAGUACUGUACCUUUUGAGCUUAUGACAAAGCUUAAAGAGUUUAUGAAACUCGAUUGUCUAUUGUUUGAUUAUGAAACGAUGCCAAAAAUAAUAUUUGAUAAAAUUAGUUCAAAUAAUUCAUUUGAAUUUGAUUAUUUUAAGGGCUUGUAGAACUGGAUCACAGUAUUAUGUUAUACAAACUGCCAUAAAAAGUAAUCAAUAAGCUAAUGAGAGACCCAGCGUGUUGCAAACAUUAUACACAAAUAAUUAAAGUUGUUCGCUAAGGCAGUUGUGUACACUACAAAUAAAACGUUAUAAAUUUGCCAUUGAAGAAGAGUGUUUUUAUAUGAAAGUUUCAACAAUUACUUGUGAAAAAACAAAGUAAAAUUGAAGUAACAUUUUGCUGGAAUAUGAUGUUUGAUUUAUCUACCACAGACUAUUAACUAAGUAAAGGUAAUUUAAAUGACAAGGCAUGC